AUUUGAUUCGAAGUCAAGUUGCCUUUGUGACACCAAACACUUCAGUUGUCAACUUUAUCAGUCUCAUGCCUAACACAACAUAUGUAGCUCUUGUUCGAGCAUCAACUACUGCAGGAUAUGGCAUGUGGUCAUCACCGGUUUUUGCUACAACAUUGCCUAUUGUGCCUCCCACAGUAUCUGUAACUCCAAGUGCAACCCUAACUCCAAGUGCAACUCUAGCUCUUCCUGAUCCUUGUCAGGUCACCAAAUGUGCCGAAGGUGCAAUUUGCCAGUUACAAGCCCUGAACUCAGUGAAGUGUGUUUGUGGUGAUGGCUUGAUUGGAGAUGGAAGCAUUUGUUCUGAUCCUCCUGAAAUCAGCGUCGGUCCAACAAAAACAUCACUCUUGGUCUCCAUUGGAGUUUUUGACAACAGACAUAGUGAUAUUCUAAACAACACAUUUGUAGUCUUUCAACUGUUUAGUAAUGAUGGUCAGUUUCUGGACAGUCAGCAAGGUUUAUUUGCAUUUCGUUCCGAUAACCCUGGUGUGGAGGCUUCUGUGAUCUUUCAACAACUGCAGUCAGGAAUGAACUACACCAUUCACUAUUUGUACCAUAUCGGGUCUUUCGAACAUACUGAUGAGGUAACUCGAAUGACAUCUCCAUCAGUUCCACGCGCACCUCCUACUCAAAUAAGAGUGAGCAAUAUUAGUAGCGAUUCUGCAGUUGUCUCAUGGAAAGUUCCUCCUAUUGCUUUUAACAAUGGCCCUUUGACUGGUUAUCAUGUGCUGUUUCAGAGUGUGUUUACAGUAGAGGGCUUCUUUGUAAAUUGGACAAACCAAACUGCUGGAGAUGUGACCCAUUUUCAAGUGAAGCAGCUACGAUUGUUUCAAAGGUACAUGGUGGCUGUAGCUGCUGCUACUGCAGAAGGCCGUGGACCUUUGUCAACUAGCAUAGAGUUUACAACAGGCCAAGGAGUUUCUAGUCUGCCUAUUGUUGCUACAAAUGUGGCUGUUUCCAAUGGUUCUGAUAUUUUUGGAUAUCUGUCAUGGCAAUAUCCUCAUGUACCUGCAUCGCUCAUUACUAAUUUUCAGAUCAUACAUCAGAGUGAGGAUGAGACUGAAUAUGAGCAAACUUAUGUGAAUGCUGCAGGCAAUGUGUUGAUGAAAAUUAUUAGCAGAAAUGUGAGGUAUAAUGUAGCUGUUCGGGCUGUGAGUGGAUCUUUACUAGGACCGUUUGCCAAUGCAAGUCUAAGAUACACAGACGACGGAAUCUUGAUUGGACCAUCAGCAAAUGUUAGUCAUGUUACUCAGUCUGGGUCUGGAAACUUUACUGCAACUGUGACAUGGCCCACUGUUGAUAGUUUACCUCUAGGAUCAGGCAAUGCAAUGUAUAGGGUCUACUAUGUGAGAAACAAAGAUUGUUUAUUAACAUUAACAGUUGAUGGAGGAAAAGGACAUUUUGUUGAUGUCAACGAUUCAUCUACUGUCUUAUUUGAUCUGCUUCCUAAUUCUCUGUACUCCAUUUGUGUUACACCAACACUGCCAUUUUCACCGCCUUUAAAAACGGUUGUGGUAACACCACAAACAGCACCUGGGACAGUAAGAAAUGUGAGAGUUCGAACUAUUGAUUCUCAGUCUGUAGAGUUGACAUGGUUUCCACCGACAUUUCGAAAUGGUGUUAUUGGAUAUCUGGUGACCACCAGGGAUAUGACCACAAUGUCCAGAUUUGUGGAGUUCAGUAUUAUACCAAGUGACAUUAUCACCAGUCCUCACAAUCAACGACUUGGCGUGCUUCUAAAGGGUCUAUUUGGAAGUCGAACGUACAAUGUGUCUGUGAGGGCAUAUAAUAUGAAAUAUGGUGAUAGAGGUCCAGCUAUUACACGUGUUGUAUUGCUUGUACCAGGACCUGUCGGUGCUCCCAUGGAGGUGACUGCUAUUCCUGUUGGACAAACAGCUAUUAAAGUGAAGUGGUUGCAGUCUGUUUCUGAAAGCAUAAUGUUUUACCAAAUCACAAGCAUCAUAGCCAACGAUACACAAGAACAUAGGCUGCCUCCCUAUUUGAUUUCUCCUGAUGUUGCGACCAUUGAAGGACAAACAUCUGAACAUUAUUUGAUAGAUUUGAAGCCCAACACAAGAUAUGCCAUUUGGGUGGAGGCCUUGACUGCAGACGAAGUUAGUCCACCAAGUGAUGUUGUCUUUCAAAUGACUAACAAGCAGUCGUUAGGGUGCACCUUAAACUGCAGCUCAUCGGCUGAAUGUACAGCUGGUCAGAUAUUUUAUUGCAAAUGCAAGCAUGGCUAUGUGGGUGAUGGGUAUGUUUGUGUGGGAUUGCCUGUAAGUGUUUCUAGAACUACAAUGACUGCAUUUCAAUUCUCUGUCAAUAUUACUCAAGGCGAUAUUCAAUCUUUGUUUGAUUCUGUGCAUUUUAAAGUGUACACUCCAGAUGAUCAGCUGGUAACUGAAAUGCACACUUUGUUUCAACCAGUUAGAAAUUUAUCAAAGAUGAAAUCUGCUCGGUUUUCUGUUGGGGACUUGCAAUCUGGUGUCUGCUAUGUGGUGGAGUAUUCAUUUUACAUUGGAUCAUUUCAUCACAAUAUGAAGACAUGUGUAACAACUGUUUCAUCUUUGCCAGGUGCAGCUCCAACAAACUUGACUGCAUCAUACAUUUCAUUUAAUUCUUUAGUUCUUUCUUGGAUUGCUCCACCUCAAGUGUUCACCAAUGGUCCACUAAUUGGCUACAAUGUUUCAAUUACAAGUCAGUUUGCUAUAAAAGGAGAGUUUGUGAAGCGAUUUGUAUUUGUUAACAUUCCCAGAGAAUUAAGUGUUGAGAUUGGAAAUUUGGAAAGCUUUCAGCCAUAUUUAGCUGCUGUUUCUGCUGUGAAUGAAGCUGGUAUGGGUCCGUGGUCUAAGGUAGUCAGGUUUAUAACCAAUGCAACAGAUCCUGGUCCGCCUCGAAUUGAUAAAUCAAGGUCAACAGUUGUUUUUAAUAGGUCAAUGGUUGUUGGUUUUGUCACAUGGGAUUAUCCACGAGUGCCAGCAGCACUCAUUAUACACUUUUGCGUGUAUGUUCACAAGAAUUUUCCUUCAUUUUCAAAAGGGAGCAAUGAUGGGAUUCCAAGUGCAUUGCGUACAGUACCGCCUUGCAACAGAACUUCUCCAACAGAACACAACUUUUUUGUAGUUGUUGAUUUGGAUCAUUUAGCAAGUGUUACAGUGCGUGCAGUGAGUAUAUCGGGAAUUGGACGUGAGGAUUUUGUGUCCUUAUUUCCUAGAGAACGAGCAGUUCGUCAAACUCGAUUUCGUCAAACUCGAUUUCAUCUUGAAUCACUGCAAGCUUCAUAUAGGAUAUUACCAAAUUGGAAUAUUUCUGUGGCUGUUUCAUGGGAUCCAGUUAAUACAUCAUUAUCGUCAGGAAAUGAGAGCUUGUCAAUUAUUAUUACAUAUAAAGAGGGCCAGUGUUCGUUCUUUGACACACAUGCAAACUUUGUAGAAGUUGACAUCGGUGGUACGAGUGUGGUGAUUGACAACUUUUUGCCUGACACUCUUUACAGCUUUUGUGCUGUAGUUGCAGUUGAUGGGGUUAAAGGUGAACUAAGUCAAACAUUUAUUGUUACUCCAGAGACAGUUCCUGGGAUGGUGCUAGAGUUUAACAUUGAGUAUGUGGGAUCUGACUUCAUAGAAGUUUCUUGGUUUGCACCACUACAACGAAAUGGUGUUGUCGGAUAUAUAUUAGGAGCUGAAGACAUUGAAACGGAGACGGCUGUGUCUCGUGUUGUCAUUGAGCCAACUCACAUCACAACUAGUGAUGACAAUAUGUUGGGCAUGCAUGUGGGAGGCUUAGUUGGUAACAGAACAUAUGAAUUGUCAGUCCAAGUCUACAAUUUGAAACACAAGUAUGUUGGAGAGGCAGUCACACUUCGGAAAACAACUGUUGUGGGAAGUCCGGAUCAGGUGACAUCUAUUGAAGUAAUUUCAUCUACUCAUGAUUCUAUCACAAUUUUGUGGCUUAAACCCAAUAUCACAAAUGGUUUUAUUGUGGGCUAUAAAGUUACAAGCGGGAUGGCAAACAGAACUGAGGGUUCUGUGCUGCCAUCAGUCCUUAUCUCUGUUCAAUCUCUAGAAGUUAAUGGAUUCACAUCAACUUAUACUUUUCAGAAUCUUCAAGCCAAUACUCGUUAUGCUAUUGUCGUACAAGCAAUAACUGCAGCUGGCAUGGGACCUGUUGGACAAGUAGCUUAUUCAAGAACCUUACCAUUUGAAUCAACAUGUAAACUGGACUGUAUAAGAUUAAGGAUUGAAGCAAUUGCUCCUACAGAUUUUACAGCAGAGCUUGGGGAAGCUGUUGUUCGUGAUGUUAUUCUGACAACUGAAAACCAAACUCUGACUUCAAACGAACUCCAAACAAGUGUUGACAUUGUGGCUGCUUUAGUUAACCUGCAAGAGAAGGGACUGGCUGAAGGAAUAAAUAUAACUUUGUCUUACUCGUAUACUGAAAAGUUCACUGUGUUGGUCAGUAACCUGUUGGAGACAAGGCAGAAAAACAGCUGGCUUGCUCUGAACACAUCAGAAGGAGCUCCCAGAUUUCUUCAGGCAUUGGAAAGUUUUGGUCGAGUCACUGCUUUUGCAUAUCUUUCUGAUAACCGAAAUCCGGUUCAGUCAUUUAGAGCUAGCAAUGUUUGGUUGGACAUUCGGGGCGUUAAUCAAUCAUUUUUGAAAAGUGCAUCAUUUUCGGAUCCACAGUUGUCUUUUGAUUUUGUUUCACAGAGCACACUGGCUUUUUCUUUAAGUCUGUUGUCAUCUCUGUUAGAUCGAAAUGGUGCUGAUCAACUUCUUGUAUCAGUAAUGUAUCUCCACAAUUUGAAUUUAUAUAUGCCAUCCAACACAAGUAUACCAUUUCAAUCUGUAGGAGAUCAAAGGAACAGUACUGAUGCUUUGCCAUACACAGCAAUGGUUUCUGUUUCAGUUGUUGAGUUCCAGAAUGGCCAACAAUAUAAUCCACAGUAUAACUCUCUUAUGCUACCUGAAUCUGUUGACAUUGUAUAUAAAGACAUUGAGAGUGUGGAAAAGCUCAACUACACAUGCACUUUUUGGCAGUUUUCAACUAAUUCAACUCCUGGCCAAUGGUCUUCAACUGAUGUUACAACCACUGAACUUGGGAAUAGAAAUGUUUUAUGUUCUGCCACACAUCUCACUAGCUUUGCUGUUCUUGUUGCUGUAGAGGAUGCUGCAAUUUCAGAUGCGCUGUCUUACAUUACUUACAUUGGUUGUGGCAUUUCACUUCUUUGUCUUCUCAUAACUCUUGCAUUUCUUAUUGGCCUCAGAUCACAUUUGAUGGUUGAGAAAAACUUCAUCAACAUUAAUUUUGUGAUUGCUCUGAUGUUGGCUCUUAUUUUCUUUCUGGCUGGAAUUGACCAGACCAGCAAUAAUGGAGUUUGCAAGGCUAUGGCAGUUAUCAUGCACUACUUGUUUUUGGCUGUGUUCUGUUGGAUGUUGUGUCAAGGCCUUCUGCUUUACAUGCUGCUUGUAAUUGUAUUUGAUUCUGGAAAAACAUAUCGCAGACGGUACUUUGCUCUAGGAUGGGGAUUUCCCAUAAUUGUUGUUGCCAUUAGUUUUGGAGUGCAGUACGAUGAGUAUGGAAAAUAUGAUUACUGUUUUUUGACUCACCACAAAGGUCUUAUUUAUGCCUUUGUUGGUCCAAUGGGUGUAAUACUACUGGCCAAUUUGGUAGUGUUCAUAAUUGCAAUGAAACUCUUGCUGUCGAGGGCCGGCACUAACAGAGGCAAACUCAAUACUGUCAAGUCAGGCUUGAGAGCAUUAGGGAUAUUGUUGCCUAUCUUGGGACUAACUUGGUCGAUCGGUGUCUUUGCUGUUGACACGUUGUCUCUUUCACUUGCUUACGUUUUCACAAUUUUCAACAGUUUACAAGGUGUCUUUGUGUUCAUCUUUCACUGCGUGCUGAAUGAACAGGUAAGAAGGGUGAUUGCAGCAAAAUUAGAGAAACGCAAGCAGAUGAAGUCUCUAGAAAAGAGCAUAGGGUCAUCUACUCCUCACACUGGUGGUCGUCACAAACGUGCUCAUGGCAACACUUAUGAAGUUGCAGGCGACACAGAUCAUAGUUCUAUCGCAAUGGGACAACUACCACAGAAUCGAUACACACGUAAUACUGGUUCAGAUACCUUACAUUCAGGAUCGACUCAGGUGACAUCACUGAAGGUGGAGACUAGUGUAGUAAAUAGUGACUCAAUGCUCUCAGUGAGGAGUGAUGAACCACUGAGGCAAGAAUCUGGCAGCUUAUCAGAAAAAGACCAUUCACCAUUAUCUACAUCAUCAGACAGUCCAAAUAGGUUGGAUCCUUCUGGUGAUGAUAAUCAAUAUGGAAAUUCAGCAGAGAAACAGUCAGAGGCGGACACUACUAGAGGAGCCUUGUCUGGAAUGUUUAAUAAGGAACAGCAACCAUUGACACCUGCUGAUACAACAACAGACAAAGAGGACACUUUAGUGAUUGACUCUAUAGUGACAACUGGAACAGAGGCAGAGAACCGAUUGUCACCUUCAAGGUUGCCAGAGUUAAGACAUGACUCUUUUGAAGGAGCACUUCCAAUUGUUACAUUGAUCCUUGAUGAAUGUUCAUCAUUAGGAACAAUAGAAUCUGUUGAUACAGCAAGUAUUAUGGUUAUACCAAAGGAACCUAGUGAUGCUGUCAUUAUUCACCAAGAAAGUUUGAUAAAUUCAGAGGGGCUUUCAGGUAGUAAUUUUCAGACACAGAAUGUAGCCUCAGUAAAACACGAAACACUGUUAUAACUUGUUGAUUUAUUGACGCAGUAGAAGCACAUAGUAUACCAAAGAUUGCUAGACAUAAUGCUUUGUGCUGGUUGCAUAAAUAAUUUUGCCAGCUGUAACACUGUAGCUUUACGGUACUUUUACUAAACAUGGAAGUGUCUAGACAGUUACUAUAUCAACAUGCAAGUAUGUUUGUGUAUGUGUGUGUCCAUGCUUGUUAGUGUGCCUGUGGAUGAAAUAGCAAUUCAACAGUUUAGCACCAGGCAGCAAGCAGCAAUGCUAGAGAAUGAUAAUAACAACAGAUGCCCUUACAUCUUUCCUCUACCGC